AUGGCUACUGUGGUAGAACUUGCAUCCAAUUGUUGCAUUGAUGAUGUCAUCCUUAUCACAGUAAUGGACACAGGGAAGUUUAGCCUGAUUAGUGAGUUAUUUCUUGAAGUCCAGAUUCAGAAUAUUUUAUCUUCAACUGUCUUUAUACAAAAGGUUUCCUUAGAGCUCUCUGAAAUGUACACAGGAGCCGAGUUAAAUACUGUCAACAAAGAUGGAGAAGAUGAGUGUACCUUUGGAACAAGAACAUUUUUGCAGUCAAUGGAAGGACGCCAGUAUUUAUACCACCUUCAGCUCAAGCAGGAAUUUUCAGAAAAAGUUAGUACCAUUUGGGAACUAACAGAAAUAGGAAAAUUGAAUAUACUAUGGAAAAGAAAUCUAGGUGAAAAGGCAAUGUUACAGACUAUCCAACUUAAAAGAGAAGCUCCAUGUUAUGGGAACUUGAGGCUGUCUUUGAUGACAAUCCCAGACACUGUAAUUUUAGAAGAGCCUUUUUAUAUUACCUGUAAGAUAACCAACUGCAGUGAUCAGAAAAUGAAAUUGGUUUUGAACAUGGGCGAUACGGAUUCUAUUCGCUGGUGUGGAAGUUCAGGAAAGUAUCUUGGAAAUCUGCCUCCACGUUCAUCUCUCUGUUUUACCCUAACACUCCUGUCCCUAAAACUGGGUCUACAAAGUGUCUCUGGCAUACGGAUAACAGACAAAUUAUUAAAGAAAACAUAUGUCUGUGAUGAUGUUGCAAAAGUCUGUGUAAUAUCUUCCAUUAUUAAAAUGAAAACUUGA